CACUUUCCACCAUAAGUUUCCUUAAACGUCCAAGUAUUCAUUUCAUUAAAAUUUUACCGAACCCUGAACAUUCCUAGUAGAUCUGGCAUCACUGGUUCAUUCAUAUUCCAAGUAAGUCACCACACCAUGCUUUUGAAGUGACGUCACUGUCGAUUUUCAAGGCGGGAAGCAGCUGAUCUGGUGUAUUAUUGUUUACAACACAAUUAUAGGAAGUGGUUGUGAUAGUUUUCGUUCAAUUUUACUUUGGGAAUAUGUAAUCAAAUCAGUUGACUGAUAAAUUUGAUAAAAUGUGAAGUGCUCAGUGUAUAACAAGUAGAUUUAAUAUUUUAUUGUGUUUGUGUUUUAGACCGGGAACGGUAACCUAACCUAACUUAUGAUAUGAAGUUUUCACCUUAGAAAAUAAACAUGCACAAACAACUUUUUCCAUUUUGGGGGAAAGAGGUGCAAAUUCUUUACGAAAAUCUUAAAUGAUUAUUGUGAAGUGGGUUGAUUCUGCUUGUGUAGGAAAGUGAGUGAAAACAAUGUAUUGUAAAUAUCAGCUUUUGUGAAUGAAAAGGUUCGGUACAAAAUCAUACGAUUCACUGAAAAAUAUCACAAUACUAUCAACACAUACUAUUCAGACGAAAAAUGUAGGAUCGAAUGAAACUCAGAAAAGUAGAAGGAAAAAGUCAGUGAAGAAAUCUCUGAGAGGUGGAUCCUUCACUUCAGCAAAUGAAAUGUCACGCAAAAAAUGUAAGGGAUUCAAACCAGAAGCUGUCAAUGGUUUAUUUAGAUGUCCCGAAUGUUAUGGUUUUUGUUCAAAAACUAGCAAAUUCUGCAAAAGAUGUGUAGCAUUCAGACAGAGAAAUGGCAUAAAGAAAAAUCAUCCUAAAGUUAAAAUAAUGGCAGAAAAAAAGGCAUUUUUGGGAAAACGUGGUAAUCGAUAUAGGUGUGAACUUUGUAAAGGUUUUUGCAGAAAACAUGUCAGAUACUGCAGAAAAUGUUUGAGGUCUAUGGAAGGGGAGCCGUCGAACUCUGAAAAAAGGACAAAAAUACAAAAUGAGCUGUACACUAAGCAACCAUAUUCAUCAAACUCUAAUCCUCGUAAUAGCUACACAAAUGACGAUAAGGGAAGCGCAAAACAACAAGUUCUUUCGUCUUCUAAUAUCCCGACUGAUACAUCAAAAACAAAUUCUGUCGACAGGAAGAUGCCUGUCACUUUGGAAACUGAAAUGAUUAGUCAGAAACAAGUGAAAAGCAAAAUUUCAAAAUUAGAAAAGACCACACGUUGGAAGAGGUCAAAAGUUGUAGAGGCAGAUAGUCCUGUAGAAGUUGCACCAACAGCAAGUCAAAUCGCAAGACCUGACAAAGUAACUGAAAAAAAAACUGACGAAGGGAAAACACAGCCACAAAAAUAUUUGAAUGAUCUUUCAUAUAGAGAGAUUAUUUCUUCCAAUGAAAGUUCUUCUAAUGCUGAUGAAAGUUUACCUGUAAUCAUUAACGAAUCGGAUAGUUUUGUUGAUGACUGCCGAUAUGUUUCGUUUGAUGAUAUUCAAGGUAUACUAAACGAAGAUUACACGAGUAUGACAUUGCAAGAGCUCCUUUGAUGAUAACCAAUUAUUACUGCUUCCAUUAUAUUCCGAUGAUUUUCAUUAUUUGUAAUGGUGCAUGUUGUCUUAUAUAUCAAUUAUUAAAUAAAGUUACAAACCAU